CGUGAUGAAUAAUAGAAAAAGUGGUGGUGGUUGCUCAGCUAUAGGUAGUAGUAUGAGAAGAAAUACUAAUCUUCUAUCUACAGUCAAAAUGUUUCGCUUCCCAAAUGAUCCUGUUCGUCGAACUGCAUGAUGUAAUUCCAUGAAAAGAGAAAAUUGGACUCCAAACAAAAAUAGUUUGAUAUGCAAUGCCCAUUUUGUCACAGGGAAACCAUCAAAUGAUCUCCAACAUCCUGAUUAUGUGCCGUCUAUAUUUACAUUUCAUCCAGAAGCUGCUAGUGAAGGAGAAAAAAAGCUGAAACGCUAUGAACGAAGUAAAAACCGUGCCAAACUUGAUCCAGAGAAUGGUACUUCAAGUGUUGACAACGUAUCAAGGCAGAUGUCAGAAGAUGAAUCUCCCGAUGUCAGCUCCUUGCCUGUUUCUACCAAUACAAACAAAAUUUUAGUGGAUGCAACAUCCCAAACAAGCAUAACACUUGAUGAUAUGGAAUACUUACAGAAAAAAGCACAAAUCCUCGAAAAAGAAAAUAUCCUCCUCCGUGAAAAAAGUCUACUAACAAGAAAAUUUGAAGAUGUGACUAACCAUAGCCCAGACAGAUAUAAGUUUUAUACUGGGUUAAACAAUGUUGCAGUUUUUAAUGCACUUUUAACUUUAAUUUUAUCUGUGUGGCAACCGAAAAUAGUUGCUUUACAACCGCGUGAGCAGCUUUUAUUAAUGAAAUUACGACUUGGGCUGCUAAAUGAAGAUUUAGCCUUCCGCUUCCAUACAGGGGUGGGAACUGUUAGUACAGUUUUCCACUCAUGGAUAGACGUUUUGUCUGUCAAUUUGAGAAAAUUGAUUAUAUAGCCAUCACGGAAGAUCCGCUUUAAGAAUUUGCCCCAGUCAUUCAAAGAUGUUUCUCGUGAAAAUGUAAGGUGCAUUAUUGACUGUCGUGAGAUUUUUAUAGAGAAACCACAUAGUUUUACAGCAAGAGCACAAACCUAUUCCAACUAUAAACAUCAUAAUACUAUGAAAUUUCUUGUAAGUAUAACUCCAUCUGGAGUAAUUUGUUUUAUUUCUAGAGCAUGGGGUGGAAGAGUAUCAGAAAGACACUACCACUGCUUAGGGAAGCAGUGGGUUUUUGAACUUACUCGAGGAAGGUGAUGUCAUUCUGGCAGACAGAGGUUUUCGUAUUGACGACUUGCUGUUGAGCAGGAAUGUUAAAUUGUUUAUUCCUGCUUCAACUAAAAAUAAGCUUCAGCUGAGUGCUGAAGAGAUUCGUUUGUCGAGGAAUAUGUCAAAAGUUAGUUCAUAUUGAAAGAGCAAUAAGGAAGAUAAAAACAUAUAAGAUCUUGAACUUGAAUCUACCUAUCUCAAUGAUUAAAAAAAAUAAUGAACA